GGCGCACAGUAAAAGUCAUGAGAACAAAAGAAUUUAUGGCACGUACAGAGGCUCAUAGGCUCAUAGGGCAUGUCCAUUGCCUGAUAUUUUCAAAACAAUCGACAACACUGCCUUAUUACGACCGUUACGAUGCCCAAAACAAAAAUAAACCAGCACAAACCGUAACGCUAGAACUGUACAGUUUACCUGUGCAGGCGUGCAAAUUGAUUACUUUUGUUAUCCCGGCCAAUGUUCCAGUGGAAAUGGACCAGCCGAAAGUGAUGGGAUACUGGGAAGGAAGCCAACGCAACCUGUCCGCCAGAAUAUCCAACAGCCGUGUCGUCCUGCGGGAAUUCCUCGAAUUGUACAAAAGCCUGCCGUGCCUGUGGAAUAUGCAGUGCAAGGAGUACGCCAACCGGGAGAUGAAAACCGAAGCCUACAAGCUGAUGGUGCAGAAGCUGGCCGAGCUGGAACCGGGUGCCCAUCGGGCCACCGUUAUCCGGAAGAUCAACAACAUGCGGAGCAACUACCGGAAGGAGAAACGGAAGGUACAGACCUGUCUGGCCAACGGCCAAAGGUUUGUGCCCACGCUUUGGUACUAUCCGCUAAUGGGCUUUCUGGAUGGACAGGACGAAUCCGGGAAUUCCGACAGCGAAGGCAUCGAUAUCGAAUGCGUUAAAGUUCAGAUACCUGAUUCACCGGAACCACACUCGGAGGACGCUGAUGAAGCCUACUCCUUAGCCACAACGACGGAAUUAUCAAACAGUGAGCUAAUUAUCCCAAUAGACGACUUCCCGACCAAAGAGGACACCGCUGGGACAAUUGAUUUAACCAACGAAAGGAAACGCAAACACGAAGGCGCUACCGCAUCAGACCAGAACCAUUUCCGAACAACGGUCAACAACGGAGAAGAUCGGCAUGAUGCCUUUGGGCGAAGUAUUGCUUUCAAGUUACGGGCCCUGUCGGAUGAGCAGCGAAUCUAUGCGGAGAAGCUUAUAAUUGACGCUCUGCACGAGGCAGAACUGGGCAAUCUCAAUAAAUACUGCCGGCUUCAGUUAUAGAAAUAUAUGUACUAAGUCAUUCUAGAUAUUUAUAAGAUGCUUGGACUGAAAUCGAUAUCGCAUUAAAUAAUGAAAUGUUAAUAUGAUGAAUUUUUUGAAUGAAUUACAAUUACAAUUUACAAUUCAAA